UGUAUACAAAAAUACGUCUAAGUGUGUGUGUAUGCAUACAUGUGUGAAUAUAUACAUGCAUGCAUGCAUACGUACAUAAUUAAUUAAUCAAGUGUUAUUUUACAACCGGUGCGAGUUGCAAUUAAGCAAAAAGUGUUAAGUAAUUUCAUUUAUUCAAAUCUGAGCCUGCAAGAGAGUCGCUUCAAUCGCUUCUCGUUUCCUUCCUUCUCUGGUCACGCGUAAAACCACCUUUGGGAUGCCCAAAACAUUAAUUCUCCUCACCGUCGUGGCAAUUCCCGAAUCCACAUAUUUUCAUAUUUAGAAAGGUUGUUCGGGAAAGAAAGACGGAAAUGAAGAAAGGGACACGUCCUUCGUAAGAUCCACUUUUAAAAUUACCUUCAAUAAAAUUGGCCAUUACUUAGUCAAUUAUUAGAAACCGUACCUAAAUCUUCCGUUAAAUCUCUCUGUACCUCCUUAUUUCAGGUAAAGUCAUUUUACAGAAUGUAGUCUCCUUCAUACCUCGGGUGGCGUGGGGAGAAAUUGCUGGUCACGCUGUAAAUAUUUGAUGAUGAUGGUAGUGAUGGUGAUGGUGAUAUGGCUGCUCGAAAAGACUUGACCUGUGGCUAAACAACAAGAAAGAAAGUAUUACCAUUGAAGCGACCAGGAUCCGAUUAAAUCGAUCGGAACCUGUCACCAAAAUUAUCAGCCUUGCUGCUUUGCAAUCACCCUCUGCUCGGGGAAUAUCACAUCUUGCAUCUCUACUCUAUUUAGCUGUUGCUUGUGAUAGUGGUACUUACUGAUUAUUACAUAGUAGCAGGGCUACUAUAUACUUGUCUACUAUAAUAGCCUUUCUUCCUUCUACUGUAGUAGCAGGGCUACCCCCCCUCGUGUUGAGGUGGCAACUCCCAGCAUGCUGCUGUUCUUUCUCUCUGUUUUUGUUAUUUUGUUCGUUUCACAAGCUGGUCAGUCGUGCACAUGCGCGUGACAGGGAGCUUUUUCGUGGAUGCCUCUCUCUCUUUCUCCCUCCUUCUGCCUUUAAUUAAUAUUAUUGUUAUAUAUACAUGCACACACACACGCUCACACGUAUAUAUAUAUAGCGUCAAUUAAUUUGUCUUGGAGAAGAUAGUUGAUUAGAGAAAUAUCGUUCUUGCAAACUGAGGUGUCAUUUGGCCGUUUAUUUGUGUUGUUUUCCCCCACCCCCAAACAGAAUUAAUUGACUUCUAUGAACACAAAAAGAAAAAAAUAAAUAAAAGAGCGAAAUUGAUUAAGAAAGCAAUAAGAAAACAAAAAAACAAAAAUGUUUUAAGUAAUCAAUUUAGCAAUCAAUAGCAUCAAAUAAAUCGAUUAGGAACGAAAAAAUAGUGCAUUUAUAUAUAGUUAUAUAUAUAUAUUUAAAGAUACUUUAAAAAAAUUCUUUGUUUAUAUAUAUAACAAUAUCUAGCUGUCUAUCUGUCUGUGUGUGUGUAUAUAUAUAUAUAUAUUUAAAAAGGAAGUUAUUUAAGAAAUUUAGACCAUGACUCAACGCGGAGUGAAUUGGUCGGAUAACGAAACGUUGAAUCUUAUAGACAUAUGGGGUAAUGAAGAGAUCCAGACGGAUUUGGAGAAUAGCAUUAGGAAUUGGCAUGUAUACGAAUACAUCCGACUGAAGCUGUCUGAGAGAGGCAUCCAGAGAUCCGUGGUCCAAGUGAAAGAGCGUAUGAAGACACUGAAGAAGAUUUACAAAAGAGGUUACGAUUAUAACAGUAAAAGUGGUCGGAAAACGUGUCGCUUCUUUGAUAAGCUGGAUGAAGUUUUGGGCAAUCGUCCCCCGUCUAUACCUAUGAUGUUACUAGAUAACCCCAUGUCUACUGAGGUUAAAAUUGAGCAGUAUUCAGCGGACGAACAUCUCCUUAAUGACAAUGACAAUGUGCCAGAAGUGAAGUGUAUUUCUGAUGCAGAUGCUGAGGAUUUGGCCAUGAGUUGCAUUGCUAUUGAGGAAACGUCCCCCAGUAGUCGAUCCCCCACACCUUUACAUACCAACCAGUUGCAGACGUCACCUAUCGGACAGUUGUCAGGUAAACAGAAAAGGAAGCCUACUGCCAUGGAGCAGACUCUGUCACAGAUGAUCGAGACGUUCAUGGACAAGCAGCUGGAACUGCAGAACGCUUUCUUUGAGCAGGAGGAGAAACGCAUAAAGCUGGAAUCCGAGCUUGAGGAUAAACGGCGCCAGGAGGAGCGACAGCACGAAAUCCUGAUGCUACAGAUGAUUCUGGGAAAAUGCACAGACCCACAAAUGGCUGAAAUAAUCACGCCUCCGGCAUCAACGUCGACAGCAACAUCAUCUACAUCAUCAACAUCAUCGUCAUCAUCAUCUACCUCCAAAAUUCAGACUCCGUGUUCAUUUUCAUGACCAUAGCUUUAUAUUUUUACAGCACAAAGAGGGAAAAAUUAUUGUUUUGUUCCUCUUUGUUUUUAAGGAAAAUACGUCAAAUUAUGAACUUGUAGUGUUUAUUUUAUGUUUUUUUUUUUUAAUAUUUUUCUUUCCAUUUCCUUUUUCUUUUUCUCUUUCUUUCUCUUUUUUGUCUUUUCUCUCUGAAAAACAGUAUUUUUUUUUUUUUUAUAAAUUUAAUUUCUUUUCUUUCAGAAAGUUUUAAUAUUUUUUUCUUCCUUUUUACAAACCUUUAUAUCAUGAAUAAACGUGUAUAUUUGUUACAACACACACACACACACACACACACACAUGCAUACACACACAAACAUAUAGACGUGCUUGUAUGUAUGUAUGUGUGUUUGUGUAUAUACAUACAUAUAUAUAUAUAUGUAUAUAUGUUGAUAGAAAAGACAACAAAAGAAAGAAAGAGACCUCGAUAUUAUGUAAAUAGAGGAAUUUAUCUGUAAAAAUAUGUGACACUUAUUCGGUAGCCAUGAUAAAACUCUGAGUUUCGGAUGUCAGGGUGGAAACCAACGCCGGCAUUUUCAAUGGCCAGAUAACUGAAGAGAUGGCGGCGUGGGUUUCUGCCCUGACAUCCGAAACUCAGAGUUUUAUCAUGGCUACCGAAUAAGUGUCAUAUAU